UCACAUAUGGUUCUGACAGUUCGUAGUGGAUUGUAAACACAUGCGAUGCUAUUUGGGAUGUGUUGCCUUGUGAUUGUAUAUUAAACUUAGUUCGUUUAUAAAUAAGAAUUGCUUAUAUUAUUUGUAUAUACAUAUGUAUGUGAAAUAUUAUUAAACGAUUUUAAACAGUUAGUUAUAAUGUCGGUAUCAGUUGCAACCAAAGCGCCACCGCUUACGUACAAAGUUCUAAAUGAAUGCUCGGCGACAAAAGCACGAGCCGGUGUGAUGGCACUGCGGCAUAGUGAAGUUAAUACACCCGUCUUCAUGCCCGUUGGUACACAGGGUACCAUGAAAGGCGUGUUACCGGAUCAGCUCAUUGAAUUAAAUUGUCAAAUUUUAUUGGGAAAUACAUACCAUCUGGGUAUGCGACCAGGCAUUGAAACGCUACAGAAAGCAGGCGGCUUGCAUAAAUUUAUGAGUUGGCCGCGUGCUAUACUUACGGACUCAGGUGGUUUUCAAAUGGUGUCAUUAUUGCAAUUAGCUGAAAUUGAUGAGAAAGGCGUUAAUUUUCGUUCUCCGUACGAUGACACGAUGUGUAUGUUAACACCUGAACAUUCCAUACAAAUACAAAAUACCAUUGGCGCUGAUAUAAUGAUGCAAUUGGAUGAUGUGGUAAAGACAACAACAACGGGACCACGUGUGGAAGAGGCUAUGCAGCGUACAAUACGUUGGGUGGAUCGUUGCAUUACAGCGCAUGCACGCGAUGAUGAACAAAGUUUAUUUCCCAUUGUGCAAGGUGGUUUGGAUACAGCAUUACGGCAGCAAUGUGUGGCGGCAUUGAAAGAACGUAAAGUGCGUGGUUUUGCUGUUGGCGGCUUGAGCGGAGGCGAAAGUAAAGAUGAAUUUUGGCGUACGGUGCACACUUGCACUGAUCUCUUGCCAAAGGAUAAGCCCCGUUAUCUUAUGGGCGUAGGUUUUGCAGCUGACUUAGUAGUUUGCGUAGCACUUGGUAUUGAUAUGUUUGAUUGUGUUUUUCCUACACGUACGGCAAGAUUUGGCUGUGCUUUAGUACACAGCGGUCAGUUAAAUUUAAAGCAAAAGAAGUAUGAAAACGAUAUGUGCCCGAUCGAUGAAAACUGUAUAUGCAGCACAUGUAAAACAUAUACACGAUCCUAUCUGCAUCAUAUAGCCACUGUUGAAAGUGUCUCCUGCAGUUUAUUAAGCGUGCAUAAUAUUGCUUUCCAGCUGCGUUUGAUGCGUGAAAUGCGAGAAGCAAUACAACGUGAUCAAUUUCCACAAUACGUCAAGGAUUUUAUGGCAAAAUAUUUUGUAAAUGAAACAAUACCAAAAUGGAUUAUUGAAGCGUUGGCAGCUGUGAAUAUAGAUUUAGAAAUUAAUAAUGAGGCAGUGUCUGCUCAAACGUAGUAAUAAACAUCUAUUUCAAUAUUAUAAAC